AUGGGUCAACCAAAGUACCGCCAGAUGAUUGCACAAUUCAAACCGAAAGCUGGAGUGAGGCCACGACGAGAACCAAAAGAUGAACCCCUUGUAUACAGAUAUGGCUCUCAAGGCCGUCAAGAGGUCAAUGUCACCAAAGGGCUGCUCACAUACGUCCUGGAUAUCGAGUUCAGCACCGCAGACAAGGCCGUGGGGAAGUUGUGGAAAGUGCUCAACAAGAUGAAGGUUUUCGAUGAAUGGGAGGCGCAUGCGGUUUUCGCCGUCAGAAGAAUGGACCACGGUAAAUGCGACUAUCUCCCCAUACCUUCGCCACCAGCAAAAAGUCCUUCUUAG